AUGGGCCUUGCUGCCGCUCUGGUGAAGAUGGGGUUACAGGGUCUGAAGUCCUGUCCUCAGGACAUGGUGACCUUCCCUGAUGUGACCGUGAGCUUCUCCCCGGAGGAGUGGCUAUGUCUGGACGCCUCUCAGAGGAAGCUCUACAGAGAUGUGAUGCUGGAGACCUAUGAGCACCUGUGGGCAGUAGGGUAUUGCCAGGUGAAGCCUGCUCUGAUCUCCUGGUUAGAAGGAGGAGCCUUGGGAAGACUGCAGAGAGGUGUAUUUGCAGAUUGUGAGAACUGUCAGAACUUCGUCGACAACUGCUCUGUUCAUGAAUCUCCUAUAUUCGUAAAGGACAGAGCAGUGGCAAAGGGGCAUUGUAACCAUUCAGCCAGCACUCUGCCACAUGGGUUGAGAAUCAGACCAUCAGGCAUCUCUGAUGCUGGACUCAGAGUAUGGAAUGAGGCAUCUGACUUGCCAGUGGAUCUGCACUUUGGCCUGUAUGAGGGUCAGAUAACAGACACUGAAGAAGCAGCUAACAGUGUGUACUCCUGGCUGAUCAACAAAGGGAGAAAUUGCUGUGAGUAUGUGGAUGGAACAGAUGAAUCUUUGGCAAAUUGGAUGAGGUCUGUGAAGUGCGCCAGAGAUGAUGAGGAGCAGAACCUCUUGGCCUUUCAGUAUCGCCGGCAGAUUUUUUACCCAACCUGCCAUAUCAUCAAGCCAGGCUGUGAACUCUUGGUCUGGUAUGGAGAUGAAUAUGGACAGGAACUGAGCAUAAAGUGGGGUAACAAGUGGAAAAGUGAAUUUACAGCAGAGAAAGAAUCAAAGCCAAAAAUCCAUCCAUGCCCCUUCUGCUCUGUCACCUUUUCCAGUCAGAACUUCCUCUGUCAACACAUGAAACAUAGUCAUCUGUCUCGUAUCCUCCCAAGAACAUCUGCAGGAAAUCACCCUCAAUCAGAGAAUUCCUGUCCACAAGAUCAGAACCAAUGGAUGCAACAUUCUGAUCCAUAUAAUGACAAAUUUGACAAGCCAAGGAAUGACAUAAUUGAAAGUGAAAAGCACAAAGAAAGUUCCAUACCUUUGACUAAGAAGAUAAAGCAUAAAAGAACAUCAGCCUUUUCUAGAUUAUUUUGCAGUCAAAUAGGGAGCUCUAAUAAGCAUGAGAUGUUAAUGGAGGAAGAAACUAACACACGCCAGAAAGAAAAUCCAAAGGACACAGGUAUAGUAGUGGCAGGGAUAGGAAUGUCAAAAAUUUUAAGAGACAAGGAGUGUGAGCAAGGCUUCAGUGACAGUUCAAAUCUCAGGAAACAUCAGAAGAUGCACCCAAGGGAGAAGUCCCAUAUUUGCAAGGAGUGUGGGCGAGGCUUCCAUGUGAGGUCACAGCUCAUCAUACACCAGAUGACACACACAGGGGAGAAGCCCCAUAUCUGCAGAGAGUGUGGACGAGGAUUUCGUAGGAGGUCACAUCUCCUCAGACACCAGAUGACACACACAGGGGAGAAGCCCCAUGUUUGUGCAGAAUGUGGGCGAGGCUUCAUUCAGAAGUCACAUCUUAUCAUACACCAGAGGACUCACACAGAGGAAAAGCCCUAUGUUUGCAGGGAGUGUGGGCAAGGCUUCAGUGACAGGUCGAAUUUCAGGAAACAUCAGAAGAUGCACCCAAGGGAGAAGCCCCAUAUUUGCAGGGAGUGUGGGCGAGGCUUCCAUGUGAGGUCACAGCUCAUCAGACACCAGAUGACACACACAGGGGAGAAGCCCCAUGUUUGUGCAGAAUGUGGGCGAGGCUUCAUUCAGAAGUCACAUCUUAUCAUACACCAGAGGACUCACACAGAGGAGAAGCCCUAUGUUUGCAGAGUGUGUGGGCGAGGCUUCUGUGUGAGGUCACAUCUCCUCAGACACCAGAUGACACACACAGGCGAGAAACCCCAUGUUUGUGCAGAGUGUGGGCGAGGCUUCAAUCAGAGGUCACAUCUUAUCAUACACCAGAGGACACACACAGGGGAGAAACCCUAUGUUUGCAAGGAAUGUGGGCAUGACUUCAUUGACAGUUCAACUCUCCUGAAACACCAGAGGAGACACACAGGGGACAAGCCCCAUGUUUGCAGGCAGUGUUGGCAAGGCUUUGGUUACAGGUCAAGUCUCAUGAGACACCAGAGGACACACACAGGGGAGAGACCCUAUAUUUGCAGGAAAUGUGGGCAUGGCUUCAUUGAUAGGUCAAGCCUCAUCACUCACCAGAGGACACACACAGGGAAGAAGCACUAUGAUUGCAGGGAGUGUGGGCAUGGCUUCAAUAACAGGUCAAGUCUCAGGAAACACUAG